UGUCUGAGGGUCUCCCUCCCUAGGGAAGGACAGCCCUUGGGAGGCUCCUUUGGGCACCUCUGUUCCUCCACAGCUCCUGUGGGGUGGCGGCCCUUAGGCGGCCAUGGUCCCAGCCCUGGGUGUCUCAGGCAGCUUCUGGAUGGAGACAGCUGCAGGCUGUGUGUCCCCAUAAGCUGAAGAGAGUCACUUGGCACUGGCUCCUUCUAGUCCAUUCUCGAUGACUCCUCCCCUCAGGGUCACUGCCUGGUGCCCCCGUAACCCCUUCCGACUGCCUGGUGGGAGGCUGGUUGCUGAGCACUUUUACACUACUCUCCUGUUCUCAGUCCCCAGGGGAGAAUCCCAGGCAGUCCACUUGGAGGGGCAGGCCUCCUGGUCACCUGUGUGGCACCCUACUUCCUGUCUGGACAUUGUGUCCAGAGGAAAGGAGGCCCUGGGGACCCUCUCCCUCACCAAACCUGGACAUCACAUGCCCCUUGCCCAGAAACCCAGCUGCCAGGGCUCCAUGCUGGUAUUUCUAGGGAGGACACAUCCAAAGGAAGACAGGCUGUGACUAGGAUGUUUGGGGAGUGUGAGUGGGAGGAGGGGCGCCUGAGUGAGCCUAAUGGCUGAUGUCAUCUGCCAGGGGAGGGCUGGCAGCCCUGGGCCCUGGGCUAGCCUCCUGGGUGCUCCCAUCAGCCCUGCAAACAAAGUUAUGUGUGGCCCCUGGGUUCUGGCAGCUACUCUGUUCUUGGAGCCUCGUGUGUCUCUAAUGCGUCCAGACCUGGGGAGUCACAAGGAGUUCAGAGCCCAGCAGGGAAGACGACCCUCUCCAGGAGGCGGGCCAUGGCCACUGCAGAGGACCCCACUGGGCGGCCUGGCAGGCCUGUGGCUUCCUGGGGUUUCCUGAUCUCAGCCUGGCCUGCCCCCAGCCUGCCUCCCUUCCCUGGAGUUCUGCCUUCUCUGGGGAAUUCUCUCCUGUGACAGGAUGUGCCCAUGGGGACUGUGUGCCUGGGGCGCUAGACCCUGAACCAGCUUUCCAGGCCUUUCGCCCUCUCCCUUUGGGAUAGAUGCUCUGGCCCCAGGUCACACAGCCCCAGCCCAGCAGGCUGCUCCCACUUCCCUGCCACUCAGAUGACUCAGCACUUUUUCCUGGGUUCCAGGCCUAGUCCUCUCAGGGCCCGCUUGGGCCCCUCAAGCUGGACACGCAGCUGCCCGCCAGGCCCUGCACAUAACCAGAGUCCAGCUGUCUGCCUUCUCCCAGGAAGCUCAGGGCCCCUGCAAGGUCCUCUCAGGACCCCAUGACCUCCCCCAACCCCUCCUCCAGGAGGCAGAGGGUCGCACCACCAGCCCUUGCAAAUGCUCUCCCCUGGCCUGCCUCCCUCAUCUCCCUAUGAGCGUCGCCUCGCUGUCCCCAGUAAGCCAUCCUGCCCACCCUGCCACCAGCUCCAUUUUCCCACUCGGCUGUGGCUUGAGUCAGGGUCUGUGUCGAUUCAUCUUUUAGACCCUGGCACACAGUAGGUGUUCAAUAAAUGAGCUUCUGGACAGUGACUGUCGCCUGCCCUCUGUGGCCAGCCCCAGUGUUUGGGGGGUGACUGGAGAGAAGGCCUGAGGCUCCUAAGGCCACCUAUGCCAGGGCAGAGCUGGGUGGGAGGGGCCUCUGAUUCUGCUCAGCUGUCCCUUGGUCUGGUUUCCAGAGGUCAAGCCUGGCCUUGGUGACCGCUCCUCCUAGAGGACCCCACCAGUAGCAGCCAUGUGGGUAGAACCUUCCCCCCACCGUGGGUGUGAAAUAGACUAUGUCCCCCAGGCCUGCCCAGACUUGGAUGCCUCCUCAACAAGCCCUUGGCCCUGAGAUCAGUUCCCUUUUAGAUCGGGCAGUGUGGUUAAUGGCUCUCUCUCCAGCCUCACAAGCGCUGGGGACCUCUGGGGGAUGACUCUUAGGGCUGGCAUGCCCUCGCACUGGUUGGGGGUUCAGUGCAGCCCCCUUGCCCCUGCUCCCCCUGAGGCCGACCAUGGGCGGUGGGAGUGGCCGGGGAGGGUCUGGACGCCCCUCCCAGCAGGAGCAGGCAGGGCCAGAGCCCGGGACACCGGCGGGGGAUGGGGAGGAUGAGGGCGUCGGACGCCCGCCUAGCGGGGGACCCAUCUGCGCCUCUCUCUUGCCCGCCCGCCGAGGGGCGCCGACCCAGCGCGGCUUCUUCCUCCGGCAUGGGAGGCCCGUCGGGUCCCUUGCGCCCGCCCCGCCCCGUCCCCGCGCAGAUAUAAGGGGGCCGGCUGCUGCCGCUCCGAGCCCCGCCGCUGAGCCCCGCCACCGCCCGCGUCCCCAUGGCACGGCCCGCAACGCUGCUGGCCGCCGCCCUGGCGCUGUGCCUGCUGCUGGCGCCGACCGGCCUCGCGUGGUACAAGACGGCGGCCGGGCCCAGCCUCUACUCGGUGGGCCGCGCCGCGGGGCUGCUGUCCGGCCUCCGCAGGUUCCUGGACGCGCGGCGCGCCGAGUCCCCCGUGGGCGCGGGACCCCCGGUCCGGGCCGCCGCCUUCCCGGAGCUGCGCCCCAGACUGCGGAGCCGCAUCCUGUGCGUCAAGGACGUCACCCCGAACCUGCAGAGCUGCGAGAGGCUCCCCGACGGCCACGCCACUCUCCGGUGCCAGGCGGACGUCUUCCUGUCGCUCCGCGCCGCUGACUGUCGCAGCACCUGAGCCCCACCCGGACAGCCGGAACUGGCUGGUUCACGCGGGUAUCCCCGCGGCCCACGGCGGGUACCCCAAGGCCUCCUGGGCACGAGAUGGCGCCCAGCACUGCCCACCCUCUCCGCAGUAAAUGGCUAAAAGAAUAAGUGCAGCCGGCCUCUGAAUGCGGUGGGCAACUGGGGUGGGGCUUGCCGGAGGGGGAUGGGACCCAUAAGUCCCCAAACCUGCAGUCUGCCACCAGAGCACACUCCCUCGGCCCCCACCAGGUCCUGGGCACAGACAGCUCCCCGGUCCUUCAGGCCACCAGGCUCUCCUCAAACAUC